CACUGAAAGAGUGGCGGCGCGGGGGGGGGGGGAAGAGUCAUAUACAGUACAAAAGAGUCAAGAAAACUUCUAAAACAGCAACUAAUCUGCACACUUUUACUUAGAUUAGGCAAUCCAUUAAAAAAAAAAAACCUGUUAGGAGUGCUAGGUGCUGGCUUUCCCCCCAUUUUCUUCCUCUUUCCAUGGAAAGAAGAACAGCAUUCAUCAAAGAAAAAGUUUGUGUAUAAUUUACGUUCCUUAACUUCUUUGUACAGGCCGCAGAUUGUGGUUGUAGGGAAAUGACGGUAAACCCUGAGAGCAGGGCCUGUCGCAGGCUGCAAAGGCCUCUGAAUUGCUGUGGUUUGGAGUUUUAAAUACUGUAUAGACAUCACUUUGCAAGUGUCAUACCUGCACGCUAUGCAGACAACAUCUGUACACACAGAGGAUGUGUUCUCUGCGGCUAGUGCGCAUUAAGUUUCCUUCCUACCUCCCCCUUUCAACACCCACCAUACUCCUUUCAAAAAUAUAAAAUCAUUCAAGUUUCUUGUCAUAUCACAGGUACAGUUACUUAUCUUGCACUCUACGUAUGCCCAGAGGCUUCCUUCCCUUGUACCAUGCAGGCAAUGUCAUGAUGACGUUAUUGCUUUUCUUUUGCCAAGGAACUCCCAAGUAUGUUCAGAGGCUGCCUAUUCUGGUGUGAUGCAUGGCUAAUUACUGAUUGCACGGUCUGUUUUAUUGCAUUCAUUGUACUCGAUGCUGAGAAUCUCUGUGUGCUGGCAACAGGCAGGCAGGGAACAACACAAAAGUUUAAUUUAUGGAAUCCAGAGAGUUGUUUUGUUUUUUAGAGGCACUUCAAGGUUUCAGAACAUCUAUGUUAUACCAAUUAAUUCCACUGCAGUCAUGAUGGUUUCUGUAAAGGCAAUGCACCAAACUCAUGUACCGUACCUCUGAUCUAAACACUGCCACCCUAGCAGAUCAGAUGGUUCUUGGUGGGAAAAGCUUAUAGCAAUUAUAACAGUAAGUUGGAUCCAAGCUUUGGGAUUUCAAUAAACUGGAGGGGUUACUUUUAAAAUCAUAAUAAAUGCUACAGUGGAAGCCAGCCCCUUUCCCAACUGUGUUUGUGUAGAGACAGGAAGAGUUAACGGUGAGGCUAUUUUGUUUAAAAGAGCACAAACAUUUAAUGGAGGCUGUUUCUGCAAAAACAUUAGUGAUUCCUAUGCAACUCUCAAAAAACAGAAAUAUCAGUAUACUGGUGAGAUACAAGGAUAUAAAUAAAGUAGAAUAUACUCUAUUAUUUUCAAGUUGGUGCGGAACAUUAAAUAGUGAUCAUUGCCAAAUCAAAUGAAAACAGCCUGGUUUUCCUUGACCUUUUCUGAUUCCCCCCCCCCAAAAAAAAUCAUGGCCUGGGAACUAUAGUUUACCCCUCAUGGAUCUACAAUCCCAGCAUCCUUCGCCAGAUAGUUCCCAGGAUCCUUUAAGAGAAGCCAUAUGAUGUGAAAUGCGACUACUGGCUGAGGAGCACAGAGAGAAGCCAAACCUCUGGCAUUAUAUGACUACAGAAUAAUUUUUUUUUACUCAGAAAGCAUUUUGGCACCACUCUGCAGGCAGGGCCGGAUUUAGGUUUGAUGAGGCCCUAAACUACUGAAGGUAAUGGGGCCUUUUACUGUAUAUGUCCAGCUGUCCUUUGUCAACAGCAAAUUGUCGCUGUUUUUUUUGUGUUGAAUAUAUGCUGUAUGGCAAUUUAUGGACCUAAUAAUAGGUAUCUAAAGCCAUUUGCACAUAACAAAGUAUGUAUUUAAUCAAAUUAAUUGUUGAACUGAAAUACAAUUAAGAAGAAGUAUAUUAAUAGUGAAAUAAUUAUUAAGCACUAACUUAAAAUGAUUUUUUAUUCAGGACAAACUUAAUAAUGCAAACACACUGGCAUUUGGCAAUAACAAAAGUUCCUUUAGAAACACAGUUCACAAAGACUCAUAAUCUAGUCUCUAGAAACUUGCUAUAACAUGAAAUAAUAAUAGGUGAUAUAUGGUGCAAACUACUAAUAAUUAUAAAUAGCUCUUUUAAUAUGGAAUUAAGUGUUAUAACCUGUACAAUGCAAUUGCAGUUAAUACAAGCAGGCGGGGCCCAUCUUACAUCAUAGGAGCCUACACAACACAAAACACUGUUGCUGUAUGUAGGUUUUAUUUUAUUUGUUUUCUUAUCUUAUAUUUUGGAAAUGUACAUCCAGUUUCCCCUCCCCCUUUAAAUUUUUUUGGGGGGCCCCAAGGGAGUGGAGUCCUAAGCUGUAGCUUUUUUAGCUAAUACGUAAAUCCGCCUCUGUCUGCAAGUAUUGGCCAGCUGUCUUGACCAGGCCAUUUCCACCUUGUGUUGCUUCCUGAGAAUUUUUAAAUAAUAAUAAUAAUAAUAAUAAUAAUAACAAAAUCCCUCUUCCCCUUCUAGAAGAAGAAGAAAAAAUCCCUUUGCUGAGGGAAAUUUCCUUCAGGCUCUAACAUUUACCUGGUUGAACUCAGGUGCAACAGAUAAGUGGAUGAGCUCCCAGCUUACGGUCAAAAAAAUAAAAUGGCUUCUGCUUUCAAAUCCCACUUAAUUUAAGACGACACGUUCCUGCCUGGUGUGAGGGAGGCUUCAAGGUGGCUCAGAAGCUCCCUGUUGGCCUUUUUGACUAGUUAAUAAAGAAAAAGAGCAUGCUGGGGCCUAAUUUUUAUUCGUUCGCUGUGAGGAAAUUCACCCACCCAUUUGUGCUAAGGAGAAAAGGGGUGAGGCGAUGAUAUGAAGGUCCCUUUUCAAAAGAUCACAAACGGUAUACGCUCCACUAUUUCUCUCAGUAAUACGAAUCGGAACAAGGAGAUUUCAUUCGGUCAUCCAGGGGACGGGAUGGGAGAAGCGCUGCUUUUGUUCCCGUGUGCAAGAAGAGAAAAGGAGAACUUUGGUCACCUUUUGCAAUAUGGCGGACAUUGGGCGCUCCAAAAUGGAUCUUCUGGGUUGUGGUUCUUCUCCAUUUUGCACCCCCUCAGCUCUGCACCCUCUGUGGGUCCACAGCACCCAAUAUCCAGCUCUGAGAAAAGGAGGCCGCCGGGGUGGAGAUUGCAGCGUUGCGUGUUCUUUUAAGGAAUUGUUUUGCUUUCCACAUAUAUAUAUAUAAUUUUUGUUUAUUUUCCAUUUAAUAUUAUACAUUCACAUCGUCAUUAUCCACUAUACUGCCCUGGCUCUUAGAGCCUAUCAACUUCCUUCCCUCCCGCCUCAUGGCUUUCAAAAUUAACCUUUAUAUCUUUGCAUUUUUUACAUUUUCCAAUUCUAAUUACACUCAUUACAGAAUGACUCAAAAUUUAAAUAAAUAUAGAAAGAUAGGAAAUUUCUCAUUGCAAGUCUUUCUGAGUAAAUUUAUGUGAUAUCUGAAAGAUUAUUGUAAGCAAUUAACAUCACUAUCAGAGCUGUCUGAAGACUUGGACUUGUUUUGUUUUGCUUUCAGGCAGCCAAACAUUUGACCAGAAAACAUCAUGUUUUCAGCCUUGAAGUACCAUGCAAUAGACUACUUACAUGAGGUACAAUGGCUAAAGCUUGGCAUUUUUUGCUCUCUGGGUAGUGUGAUAGCUGCAUUUAAAUAUAAAGACCACUUGUUAAGUCACAGAAAGCAAGUAUUUGGACUGUUUCGAUUCACUUUUAUUUUAUUUUGACAGCAUGGAUUUAAAAAAAUAAAACAAAAUCUGGCAAACAAAUAACUGCUCACAUUUCAUACUGUGAGGAAGAAAAAUACUGCUUUUUCAAAAGGUCCCAAGGUUGCAGCGGCUAGGUAACCGCAGACUUGCUUAAUACUUAUAUUUAGAAUGGCUUGUGGGUAGAAUGCUCAGUAAUAGGGCAGCUUGCAACUGAAAUAUGGCUUAUUAUUAUUUAUUGAAUUUAUAUAUUAUCUGUAUGCUUCAGCAGAUGUAGAACUAAGUUACACCUGCUAGUGGUUACGAUGUGGUUUUAACGCUUGAGUCAAGGCAUAAAAAUAACACAGUUAUCUGAAAAAAAAACAACAGUCUGAGGCAGUUUACUGAUUAUUUUUUAUAGAUUCUUGCGUGCACAUAAAAUCCAUUUUUGCAAAAGGAAUACAUUUUUGUGGUUUAAUAUGUUUUACAAUUCACUUAAUUUGACUCUUAAUGUGCACAUAGUGGUGUUGAUUGUAAUAAUAAUAAUAAUAAUAAUAAUAAUAUGCUGCCCAUAUUGCAAGAGCCACACUCCAUGACUCCCAACAAAAUAUUAAAAACACAAUAAAAUAUCAACCAUUAAAAACUUCCUUGGCAUAAGUGAAUGGAUUUGCCAGCAGCAUCUGAUGUGGUUUUUGAAAACUUUUCAACCAAUUUUAACUUGUUUCAUUUCUAUUGCUUUAUUACAGUGCCCCACUAUAGCAUUUUGCAGUGUUUAAUGAUUUGAAAUAAAUAAAACAAUCCAAUUAAGGUUAAGAAAUCCCUAUAAAAUUCAGUAGGAAUGUUUAGCUUGUGCUCAGGUCUCUUCUAUUUAAAUCAGUGAAUCUUUGCUUGAGUUUUAGGAAAGUAAAAUUUGAAAAUGUAGGUGUUGGGUUUUUAUCAGUUUAAAUGUGCAUGCAUGUAAAGAGACUGUGUACUAGGGAAAAUAGAAUGAACUCCAAAUAAAACCACGGAAUAGUUCCAAUUGGGAAGCAGGGUACUACUUAAUAUGAGCAAAAGUGGAAUACUGUAGUUGCACUCAUAAUGAUGUCAUACAUUUCUCUUGUGCAGAAAGUGGCUAGACAGAGAUUUUCCUUUGAGUUGUUCUCAAUUCACAUCCCUCCUGGUUUAUAUCAGGAUAAAAAUUAUUGUCAUAACAGAAACUUGGCUGAUGAUACAUAUAGGAGACCCUGGACAAGAGGUAUGUUGUAUCUGGCUUUCACAUUUAAAUUAAAUUUUUAAAAAAUUAAACAAUCAGCUACAGAUGAAAAAGAAGGAUCAUGAGAACUUGGCAAAGUUACAAAAUGUAUGUGGACAACUUUCUUGUGUUAGAAAUACAUUAGCCAUUUUAAGCAUCCUUUUGACUGAUCACAGCAAUUCAGUACAAUCAGAUGAUCAAAAUAAUUGUUCGCACACCAUAGACAUAAUAGCUAUCAUACCCAUAUUGUGUUGUAUUUGUGGGAGUGAACACUGAUUGAUUUAGCUGACUGAAUGGCACAGAAUGCUAUUCACAAUCAAUCCAAUUAUUCGAAUAAGGUUUAUAGUCCAAUUACUGUGUGUGGAGGGAAAAGUCCAAGUUUGUUCUAAAGCAAAUCUUACACAGGCCCUAGGGAUGGGGUAGGUUUGUGGGCAAGCUGAAGACUGGGCAUUGUUGCAUUGGGUAAAGAGUCCAAUGAACAAGGUGACUGAAGGAAAGGGCCAGAGCAGAAUAUGAACUGAGAAACUGGAACCAAGAAACCAAGGAUUUUUCGUAAUGAUUUUCAUACUGUUUCUUAAGUAUUUUUGUUUUGUUUUGCUGUAGUUACACCUGACCUCACUCAAAUUGCUAUGGAUCGUCCUGUGCUUGAUCUCUGGAAUAAAUAUCUUGGCACAGAAGACUUCUUGGAGGAGUGAGUCCUCUUCGUUUAUCAUUACGUAGUUGUUGAUGCGCUUGUAUCCAAGUACAGUGGUACCUCGGGUUGAGUACUUAAUUCGUUCUGGAGGUCUGUACUUAACCUGAAACUGUUCUUAACCUGAAGCACCACUUUAGCUAAUGGGGCCUCCCACUGCUGCCGCGCCGCCGGAGCAUGAUUUCUGUUCUCAUCCUGAAGCAAAGUUCUUAACCUGAAGCACUAUUUCUGGGUUAGCAGAGUCUGUAACCUGAAGGGUAUGUAACCUGAAGCGUAUGUAACCCGAGGUACCACUGUAAAUGUGUUUAAGAUGGGAUGCAUGGGCUUUAAAAACAGAGUCAACAUUACUGCAUAUCUUGUAUGUUUUAAAGUAAUGGACCUUGAGCUGUGCAGUAUGUGUUCACUGUUCUGGAGGUUGACUACAGUGUACCAUCUGCAAAAUGCAGAUAAUAUAUGACAUCUGCUUUUCAAGGAAAAAUCAGUUUGAAGUCCCAUCUUGUUCUUUAAUUGUGCUGUGUUAAUAACUGGAAAACAGAAAGCGCCCCUGUUGUUAGUGUGACAAUAUAUACAGGAGCGUAAUGAAAAAAUAUCUUUGAUGCAACUGAAAUUUCCUGAUGUGAAAGGCCUGAUCCUGCAGUUUUCAACUAAACCACAUUCUGUGAAAGACUAGAUGAGUUUCUGCGCUCUUUAAGAAAAACUAAUCACUUUCACAAACUGUUAAAUGCCAAGGCCAAAUCAAGACAGCUUGGUGUCUUAAGCAGAGCCAAAAGUGCAAUUGAUUCUUAAUGGACCUACUGUAAUUUCAAUGGGUGGACACAAAGCAAAACCUAGUUGAAUACCACCCAUAACCUUAAUCUCAGCAUCAUGGGUUCGAGCUCCACGUUGGGCGAAAAAAAUCCUGCAUUGCAGGCGGUUGGACUAGAUGACCCUUGUGGUCCCUGUGAUUAAUUUCAGUGACUCUAAUCUGAGUUGAAUACCAUCCCAUAUAGGGAACUUGGACAGCAAUAAUUUGUUUGUUUGCUUGUUUAUUGCAUUUAUAUCCCAAUUUUUCCUCUAAGAAAUUCAAGGUGGUCUACAUGGCUCUACACUUCCUCAUUUAAUCCCCACAACAACCCCCUCCAUACACACACAGAAGGCAGGAUGAGGUAGAUAAAAGUAGGAAGUGUGAGGAAGAAAUAAACCAGGUUGGCUCCUCCUCCUCGUUCAUCACAUUUGUCUUCCUGCAGUCCUGUCCUUCAUGUGCAUAAGGACUGAACUAUAUCCUGUUUUGCUGCUUUGCACUGUUUUCCUCGGGAAUUUAUAUCAUAAGUUUUCCACAGAAUUUUGUACAAAGAAAGCAAACCAAAACCAAUGUACAUUCUCUUAUGUUAUAGUAUAGUCCAAAAAAUGAAGUGAGACACCACAGAAGUAAACAAUAUUUAUUAUUAUUAUUAUUAUUAUUAUUAUUUAUCCACCCUUCACCCUAAUGUCCCAGAGCACAUUAAAACAUUACAACAGUUUAAAACAAUUCCACAGGUUGACUUUGUUCAGUGAAAUAUAAUGAAGAUAUAUUUAAUGAAUGAAAUGAAGUUUUCUGAGGUGAGGGACAGAAUCUUAAUCAGUAUGUUAAAAUUACAUUACAGAAAGGUGCAUUAGGGGUUAUCCAACUUUGUCAUUCAUGAAAAAGCCUUUUUAUGUCUUCAGGUUGAUACCUUUUAGCUUGAUAUAUGAGAGAUAUGUUAUUUUAUAACAUUCACAUAAGAGUCAGUUAAUGCUUUUCAUAGGAUGACCUUGUUCCUUUUGUCUCCUGCAUUUAGUUAAUUCUAGAGAUUGUAUUGACUUUCUGCUGACACUAUUGUUAUAAAGCCAAGAGUUUACUCAGAGAGCCAAGUAAAUUAAGUUUCAGACAUACAGUGAUAGAAACAGGCAAAGUCAGUAAAAGAGGGCAACUUUAAAAGGAAGAGGCAUAGUCUUUAGAUCAGAUUCUUAAUUUAGAAAGCGCAGAGGCAGAAAGGCACAUUAAGUCAUCACUACUGUGGCCCCAUUCUGUGCUGUGGGGUUAUGAGACACAUACAUUUUUCCUCUUCAGCAAUUUGUCAUUGGUCUAAUGUCCUUAAAAUAACUAUGGACAAUGACUUAAUUCUAUCUUCUUGCUGUGUGUCACCUGCAGUCUCUACUAGCACAAGCCUCAAUGAAUGAUACAGUCGUUGCAAUAAAAGCCUGCGCUAUGCAUGAACAUAGGAAAUCUUACCCUUCUCUGAAAUACACAUCCUAGCUGGAACCACUAUUUCCCCCUUGCAACUUUCUCUGGACUAAGGCCAUGGGAACAUCCCUAACAGUAAGAUAAGGUAAAGGGACCCCUGACCAUUAGGUCCAGCCGUGGCCGACUCGGGUUGCGGCGCUCAUCUCGCUUUAUUGGCUGAGGGAGCCGGCGUACAGCUUCCGGGUCAUGUGGCCAGCAUGACUAAGCCGCUUCUGGUGAACCAGAGCAGUGCACGGAAAUGCCGUUUACCUUCCCGCCGGAGUGGUACCUAUUUAUCUACUUGCACUUUGACGUGCUUUCGAACUGCUAGGUUGGCAGGAGCAGGGACCGAGCAACGGGAGCUCACCCCGUCACAGGGAUUCGACCUUCAGAUCAGCAAGGAAACAAUAAAACCAACAAAACUGGAGUACUACUGGCAACAGUCUCCAACUGCACACGGCUAUUCGCAAACACAGUCAAGCUGUUGAUGUGAAAGUCCCAAGUUUGUCCUGACGAGACCCCUUUCUCCCUCUAGCCCCAGCAGAAAAGAAACAGUGACCACAAAGUAUUUCAGACAGCCCGCCCUCUCCUCCCCCCACCAGGUUCCCAUAUCCUGAGUGGAAAAAGGGAAAGCUUAUAUUUAUGAUAGCUCUCCUUCUGGAUGUCUCAAGGCAGGAACCUAACAAGGACCUCUUGACAACUGAUCAGCUUGCUGCCUGCCAGAAAAACCCCAUAAUUGGUGUCUUAUUAUCACAAGUGACCAUGCACAAGGUUACAGUCGUUUUUCCUGUAUGUCUCUAGAUAGAGGCUUUUUUGGCUAUUGAGAUAAUGCCUAGGCCAGUGGUGGCCAAACUUGGCCCUCCAGCUGUUUUGGGACUACAAUUCCCACCAUCCCUGACCACUGGUCCUGUUAGCUAGGGAUGAUGGGAGUUGUAGUCCAAAAACAGCUGGAGGGCCAAGUUUGGCCAUACCUGGCCUAGGCAGAAGGACUAUCAGAGCCCCCCUUCUACUAGUUAAGACCAAGUGACCUUAUGUGAAAUUACUGUGCUGCAACAUGGAACAUGUGAUUAGUGCAGCAGCACAUGACAAGUGUUUGGGUCCCAGCCCCUUCUGUAGCAGGCCAUAGUAGCUGACCAAUAUGGAUAUAUAUAUAUUUUUCCAUCAACAAAAAAGUAUUAACUUUCCACUUUUCAGGAAACCCACUUCAAGCACUCUCUUCCAUGUCCAUAAUGAAGAUAUUGAAAUUGUUCCAAGUUCAAAUCCUGGUUCGCCUUUUGACAUAGAAGAUGCUUAUGUGCUUAUGAAGAAUGAAGACAGUUAUUUAAAUCCUAAAUAUGCUCCAGUGGAACUUGAAGAGCCGGAAGAAGGUAAAUGAGCAUUCUGUACUUCACAUUUCAAAUACUGCGUUUUUUCGACUAUAAGACGCCCCCAUGUAUAAGACGCCCCCUAUUUUGGGGGGACUCAGAUUAAGAAAAUGGGGAGAGAUGGCCCAGAGUAUAAGGUGCUCCCUAAUUUUUGACAUUAUUUUUUUAGGGAAAAAGCCUAGUCUUAUACAUGAAAAAAUAUGGUAAUUAUCAAUACAGUGCUAUCUGUUGCAGAAAUGUGAAAAUUGCACAUGCCAGAGAACCUGCUCGCCCAUGUGUUAUAUAUCAGUUACUAUGUGGCUAAAAAACCGUGGAGCUACCUGUCUCGAAAGCUACUGCUGUUGUGUAACUUGCCUUCUCUUUUGCACACCUCCCUGCCUUGAUUUCAUGCAAAUCCAGGGUUGUGGUGAGACAGUCAAAAGUCUCUGGUGGGGGCUGCACUCUGACUUUAUGCAAAUCCAGGUAUGUCAUGUGGCGCUACAAAUCCUACAAUGGGGGCUUCGCAAUGAUGAACUAGUGCAAAUGCAGUAUAGAGAGAUAUAGAUUUUUAAGACACAUUUCAGGAUAUGAAUUGAUCUGCAAAGCUAUCUCAUUACUUACUAUUGUAUAUUUAUUUCCAUUUCUAAAAAGGUUUUUAUAUUGAAAAUGAAUUUGUUUCGAUGGACUAUUUAGCCCAAUAUGCUAAACAUCUACCUACCCCGCAUAUGCUCUUGAGCCGAAUAAACAAAUUCCGUGUACAGAAACCUUUCAGUGUACAGGAACCCCUUUUAAAUUUUCAAGGAGAUAAGAUAACGGAAGAGGACAUAUUCAGGUAUUAUGUAACUAGAUGUUGUGAAAUAGGUGAUAUACAUGAUUAAUAUCUUAAUAUCUGGCCACAAAUAAUUUUUGUGCACAUUUUUAUUAUUACUGAUUUUGAUCUUUUUAAACUAAGCUCUGACUUACAUAAGCUUAAUUUUAUCUCAUUGAUCUUUCCACCCUUAAUUCACCAACUUUUAUAAAACUGCCAAGAACAAACUGGUUUUGCAUGCUUAUCUGGUUUUGUAAGGGGGGAAAUGUGUAUGUGUUAUUUAGUAGUAAAACAGAAAACUAAAAGGCAUUUACUUGUGCUUUGAUUUUAAAAGAGAGUGUUUUGCUUUCAAAAUGAAUGUGACAUCUGAAAUGAAUGUGAAAUCUGAAGCAAAAGGGAAAGUACACCAGGACAAUUUUGGUAAAGUUUCCUUAAAGAAUGAGGAGGUAUGUAAGUUACUUUAUUUAAUCAAUGGCGUGUUUAUCAUCCUUAUCAAACUGCUAUGCAAUGAUUUUGAAAUUUACUCAUGCAAACUAUUUUAAAGUCAUUUGCCAUGCUUCCAAAGAUACCUUGUUUCUAUAUGGCUUCUGCCUGCCUUUCAUUAACCUUAGAUAAUAAAAAGGUUGCAUUGAUAGAGUAGUAGAAGAGUAGUUUAUAAAAUCCUAUGUGCUCACAUAUGCUAAAGCUCGGUGUGCAGCCAGAAGCUGGUGAUAAUGUUGAGCUUCACAGCAUAUAAAGCAGAGGUAAGGAACUUUUUCAUCCUGGUGGAUAGGAUCCUGUGUUCCUUCAUCCCUAAGGUGGCGUUGAAUCAGCUACACUCCUCAGUUGCCUACUGGAAACUCUGGAGUGAAGCCAAUCCCAGUGGGGCAUGAAGUCUCAGCUGAUCAGCACUGACAUUAGGCCCUGGUUUUGGUGGGGGUUGGCCACACUCUGUAGUUACCUAAUCCAAACAGAGCUUGCAUUUGUUGCAAAAUUUAAAAGCUGCUGGCACAAGUCCCACUUGCUAAGGGACAAUCUAGGUUGACUUUUAAGAUUGUUUGCAGCUGUGAUUUAUCUGGCCAAUAUGGGAUGCCAUAAAUGGUGUGAGAUGUAGGAUGUGUGGAUGUUGCUAGGGAGGAAACGACCUUGAAGGCCAAAUUAGGACCCCUGAUUAGGCCUGUAGUCCAAGGCUGAAGGGAGGGGUUAAAUCCUGCAUUAGGUGCAUGUGACUAUUCCCAACAGGGAAAAGGCUCGCGCAAACCAAAGCAAGCAAGAUUUCAUCCCCACUCAUCCAGUUCAGUUUAAGCAGCCCAGCAUUCCUGUUUGAGCUCUUGACAAUUGGGACUUAAAAGGAGAGCAUAUCCUGAUGUCAUAGUGAUAUCAGAUGAUUAACAAGUAGGUGAUUCUACCCACCAGUUAUAUUUUGCCUGCCAGUGGAUGAGGAAAUAGUGAUCUGGGCUACAGGCCAGGAAAGGUUUUCUACCCCUGGACUACGCCACUCCUGGUCAAUUGGCACCCAUUAAAGGUACUGAGAUCUAUGUGCUGAGGCUAUUAGAUUUGUUUUACUUCUGUGGAAAACUAAUAAAUGAUGCUUUUAUAUUGAGGUAAUAUAUAACACUAUUAAAUAAUUUUAUACUUAUCCAAGAUUCUUUUUAAAAUACUUUGCUAGUUCAAAUAUAAAACUCUUCAAGCUGCUUUGAGAAAUAUUAUGUAUGAAAUAACUGUUUCAGGUUUUUUUUAAUCUAUCUAGACAAAUAGUGAGAAUCUCACAUGCUUGGAGCUAAUCUCUUCAGAAAUUCAGGAAAUUAUAGGAAAUGAAAAUGAGAAUCUUAAAAUAACCAGCGAAGGUAAGGAUACAGAAAAUGGUCUUCUAGCCCUAGUUCUUGGGUUUGAUAUUGCCUAGUUUCAUUAUUUUGUUACUGGUCAUUUUAACUGGUGAAAACAAAAUAAUCAAUUCUCAUUCUUUGUAUUCUACAGAGAAAGACAAUUCUUUCAAUUUCAUGAUAAUGUCUUUUUCAGACCUUGAGGUGAAAAUUACUCCUGAGACAGAGAAUUUGGAAUCUUGUCCCCCACAAGAACUUUGUGCCAGUCAGAGCAGAAGUGUACUGGAACUCAGCAGGCCAGGUAGGACUUUCUAGACAGGCAAAUCUGAGACGGCUGAGAUAUUUUGGAGAAUAGCUAUAGAUCUAUAACAGGGACGUCCAACUCCCAAGAGACUGCAAUCUACUCACAGAAUAAAAAACUGGCAGUGAUCUACCCCUGUCGGGGGGGGGGGGAGGUCAGGUCAAAGUUGUUGAGCUUUUUUUAGGGAAAACUUAUUCGCAAAAUGAUGUGAAUACCUAUAGUAUACCUAUAUCUAUAAUACAUCUGAAGGACCGCCUGCACCCCCUUCAUUCAGCCCAAACACUGAGGUCCAAUUCCAAGGGCCUUCUGGCAGUUUCCUCACUGUGAGACCAUGCAGAGGGCCUUCUCAGUAAUGGUGCCUACCCCAUUGAACUUCCACCCAUCAAAUGUCAAGGAAAUAAACAACUAACUGACUUUUAGAAGAUAUCAGAAGGCAGCCCUGUACCAGGAAGUUAUUAAUGGUUUGUGUUUUACAAUUUUAUAUAAGUGGUACCUCGGGUUAAGUACUUAAUUCGUUCCGGAGGUCCGUUCUUAACCUGAAACUGAUCUUAACCUGAAGCACCACUUUAGCUAAUGGGGCCUUCUGCUGCCGCCACGCCACCGGAGCAUGAUUUCUGUUCUCAUCCUGAAGCAAAGUUCUUAACCCGAGGUACUAUUUCUGGGUUAUUGGAGUCUGUAACCAGAAGCGUAUUUAACCUGAAGCGUCUGUAUCCCGAGGUACCACUGUAUAUGCUGUAAGCCACCCAGAGUGGCUGGGAAAACCCAGCCAGAUGGGCAGGGUAUAAAUAAUAAAAAUAUUAUUAUUAUUAUCUUCUUUUAUUUUUGCAUUCUGAAUAUCUGAAGCAGGGUUGACAGAGAAAUGUAAUUUAGAAAUCUCUGGAGCUCUGCAUGUGGAACUCUAAGGCUUCAUAUAAAUGUAACUAUAAAUAGUGAUUGUUCUCAGAUAUUUUUUGUUCCUGCUGCAGAGUGAUCUUAGCUUCUCUUCAGAUUUUGCAAGGGAGAGAGCAGGUCUUCCAGGACUCACAGCAAAGAUGGUUUUUAUAUACCUUUGCCUUUAUUUUAAAAUGUGCAUUCUUUCCCUUAAUACCUUUUUUGGCUGUGGCUCUGAUCUGGUGGAACGCUCUGUCACAAGAGACUAGGGCCCUGCGGAACUUGACAUCUUUCUGCAGGGCCUGCAAGACAGAGCUGUUCCACCAGGCCUUUGGCUAGAGCACAGCCUGACUCCCUCCUUUGGCAAUCUUCACAGAACUCUAGCCCAAUGGUUGCCAUCAAUUUGAUUUGAAUUAGUUUUAUAAUGAAAUGAUUUUAGAAUGUUGUAUCAUUUUAUUGUUGUUAGCCGCCCUGAACCCAGCUUCGGCUGGGGAGGGCGGGAUAUAAAUAAAAUUUAUUAUUAUUAUUAUUAUUAUUAUUAUUAUUAUUAUUAUUCUCCUCUUGUAGGAAUUAAUGUGGAAUGCAUGUUUUCCCAUUUUUCACAGAGCAUCAGACUUCCGUACCUAAAUGUCAACAGCUUUCAGCUAUAGAAUUUCAACCCGACUACUUGCAAGGAGGUAACACCCCCAUGGGUGAGACGGCCAAGGGAAAUUCCCCCUUGGCCGGCGACCAUGUGGGUCUGGCUAGCCAGAAAGGAGGCAGAGAGCGAAGAUCCACAACUGAUGCCCACCAGGGAAGCAGUGAGCGUCCAUUGUCUGCACAUGAAGACAUAUUGGAGUUCAGCCCCCUGGAAAAAGAUGACUGCACUAAUUUAACAGAAACUUGUGCUAGACCAUGUGUUUUAGAAGAAUUGAACACAGAUUUAAGCGCAGGAGACGAGGUUCUUCAUGCCAAUGUAGAAGUGGUCUCAAAAAUGUCUACCUCUCAGAUGGACAGUGAGUAAUGGGCAUUUUGUGAGCUGUUGUUUUUUCCUCACAGAAUGAAAUGACAAAAAGAAUUGGCUUAAUAGACAGUCUUACGUUUUGUAGUUGAUAGUAAAAACAAAAUAAUCAAUUUUCAUUCUUUGUAUUCUACAGAGAAAGACAAUUCUUUCAAUUUCAUGAUAAUGUCUUUUUCAGACCUUGAAGUGAAAAUUACUCCUGAGACAGAGAAUUUGGAAUCUUGUCCCCCACAAGAACUUUGUGCCAGUCAGAGCAGAAGUGUACUGGAACUCAGCAGGCCAGGUAGGACUUUCUAGACAGGCAAAUCUGAGACGGCUGAGAUAUUUUGGAGAAUAGCUAUAGAUCUAUAACAGGGACGCCCAACUCCCAAGAGACUGCAACCUACUCACAGAAUAAAAAACUGGCAGUGAUGUACCCCUGGGGGGGGGGAGAUCAGGUCAAAGUUGUUGAGCUUUUUUUUAGGAAGGAAAGUAAAAGGUGUUCACAAACUUGUUUUCAAAGUUGGACAUCCAUGAUCUAUAGUAUACCUAUAUCUAUAGUACAUCUGAAGGACCGCCUGCACCCCUUCAUUCAGCCCAGACACUGAGGUCCAAUUCCAAGGGCCUUCUGGCAGUUUCCUCACUGUGAGAAGUGAGGCUACAGGGAACCAUGCAGAGGGCCUUCUCGGUAGUGGUGCCCACCCUGUUGAACAUCCACCCAUCAAAUGUCAAGGAAAUAAACAACAAUCUGACUUUUAGAAGACAUCUGAAGGCAGCCCUGUACCAGGAAGUUUUUAAUGUCUGGUGUUCAGCCACCUGGAUAAAGAUGACUGCAUUAAUUUAACAGAAACUUGUGCUAGACCAUGUGUCUUAGAAGACCAGGUAUUUUUGCAUUCUGAAUAUCUGAAGGGGGGUUGACUGAGAAUUGUAAUUUAGAAAUCUCUGGAGCUCUGCCUGUGGAACUCUAAGGCUUCAUAUAAAUGUAACUAUAAAUAGUGAUUGUUCUCAGAUAUGUUUUGUUCCUGCUGCAGAGUGAUCUUAGCAAGGGAGAGAGCAGGUCUUCCAGGACUCACAGCAAAGAUGGUUUUUAUAUACCUUUGCCUUUAUUUUAAAAUGUGCAUUCUUUCCCUUAAUACCUUUCUCCUCUUGUAGGAAUUAAUGCGAAAUGCAUGUUUUCCCCUUUUUCACAGAGCAUCAGACUUCCGUACCUAAAUGUCAACAGCUUUCAGCUAUAGAAUUUCAACCCGACUACUUGCAAGGAGGUAACACCCCCAUGGGUGAGACGGCCAAGGGAAAUUCCCCCUUGGCCGGUGACCAUGUGGGUCUGGCUGGCCAGGAAGGAGGCAGAGAGCAAAGGUCCACAACCGACGCCCACCGGGGAAGCGGUGAGCGUCCACUGUCUGCACAUGAAGACAUAUUGGAGUUCAGCCACCUGGAAAAAGAUGACUGCACUAAUUUAACAGAAACUUGUGCCAGACCGUGUGUUUUAGAAGAAUUGAACACAGAUUUAAGCGCUGGAGACGAGGUUCUUCAUACCAAUGUAGACGUGGUCUCAAAAAUGUCUACCUCUCAGAUGGACAGUAAGUAUUGGGCAUUUUGUCAGGUGUUCCCCCCCCCCCCCCGCAGAAUGAAAUGACAAAAAAAAAUGGCUUAAUAGUCUUACGUUUUGUAGUUGAUAGUAGCAGGCAACAGGGCUGGCAUCCAUGUGGAUGUUGGGUACAGGGCUGGUGCGUGCCUACAUUGGUUGUUGAAGCACAGUUGAAUGAACAUCUGAAUAGAGUUACAGAUACAAAAUAUGGGAAACACGGAGAAAACCUUUAUAUAUAUAUAUUCUUCUUUUUAGAAUGCCUUGAAGAGACAAGUUCCUUUGCUAACAAUAGAAUGGAGUCUUCUAGUGUCCCUGAUUGUAGUGGAACAAAAGGUUCUUGUUUGUCUUCUCAAAAGAAAGAGAGACUUCUUCCAAUGCUCUUGGAGCCUGCAUCAGGUGUCGAUCUACAGCACACAACAUCUACUGUAGGUGACAACAGUGCACCUACUGAGAAAAUCAGAAAAAUGAAACUGCAGACUGAGACAAGAAAACCAGGGCAUUUUGGAAACCCAGAAGAAGAAAAUGAUCAAGUCCAAUUUGUCAGUUAUAAGGAGGCAUCUACUGACGCAAAGAAUGCAUUAGGAAAUAACAUGCCUGAUGGAUUUGAUCUGCCUAGGAAAUGUAGAGAUGAUUUUGACCUUUUGAGCAACUUUAUCAUGCUGAGGUCUCAACAUAUGAUCAUGCAAAACGAGGAACCAAACAAUGUGGAUAUUCAAGCAGAAGGUAGCUUAAGGCAGUGAUCCGAAGGUUUUGGGCUGGAGGGGGAACCAAGGUGGUUUAAUCACCUCAUUCAACACCUUGCAAAGCUCUGAUGGCAGAGCAAAAUUAGGUGGGGAGAAUGUUCCUCCACUGGUUUCUGGAAUUCAAAAAUACUUUUUAACAGCUUUCCUUACCAUUGUUUCCAAGGGAAGAAAAGGCUGAGGGGCAGACUUAGACACACUCAGAAGUGUUUCUAAAUUUUCACCUGCCUUGGGAACAUGACAAGAGACCCAGCAACUUUAGGAUGCCUGACUCCUCCUGGCAUUUUCCCUUUGGGGCCCUUCUGAUGUCAGAGAUCUAAUUUGGGUUGGGCUAGAGGGUCAGACAACCUGUCCCAAUGGGAGAGGGAGACUCCCAACCUUCUCUGAUGCUAAUGCUCUUUCUCUGUCCGACGGGCAGAUCUGAUCUGUUCUGUGACCCCUGGGAUGCCCUUCCAAGUAGCAUAGGAUUGCACCGAAAGUGCUCUUUCACAGAAGCCAUACUUGACAUAAUUCUAGGCUUUACAUAUUUUCCAUCAACUGAGAAGUUAGUCUAUUUCUACAGAAGAAGAAAGAAUUAAGCAGCAAUCCUAUAGCCACUUAUCUGAGGUGUACUUCUGAGUUGGAAAGGAUUGCAUUUUUGCAUAGCAUACACUCUCUAUUUUUACUUUAGCUCCACUUUUCCCAAAAAAUGUUGCCCUGGGUUGAAAAGCCACUGUAAAAAUUGAGCUUUCUAAUCCAAAAUAAUUACAUUUCCCCCCUCCAAGUUUUAAAAAUAUUUUUAUUUAUUCAAGCUUAGCAAAGUUAAGCAUCAGUGCCCCCUUGCUCCUUUAUCUAAUAAAGCUACAUCUGGGUAUAGCCUGUGUAAGCCAGCAUAUUCAGAAAGAGACAUACAGUAAUUGGAGGCAGAUACCACUUAGGGCCUAUCUACACUACAGGCCUAAACAGCCAUUCCCUCGCCAGAGGAAACCCUUCAAGCUCUAGUUCUAUUUGGGGGCAAGGGAACUAGGGGUCUCUAACAGAAUUCUCAGUACCCCAGCAAAACUACAAUUUCUGGGAGUCUUUUAGGGUGUGGGGGCAGGCUGGUAGCCAUGAGAGUUAUUCUAAUAUUAUCCUGUAGGACUUCUUGCUCUGUGUUGGGAAACCACAACCAACCACAACUUUCAGUGGCAUGCACACCAAAUGAAAAAGCUGUGCAUGUGAUUGUCGCAUCUGAUCACCUAAAUGUGGGUCACACGUCACUUCCAUUAUGAAAGUGUCUUAAAAUAAUACUUUUUUGAAAGGGGUGCAAUGCACUCUCUGCCCUAUAUCUGUCGUUGUUGGGCACAGUCAUGCUGUUCUGACUGGAUCUUGUGGAAAAGCAAUUAAUGAAUAAUAAUAAUUAAUGAAUAAGGCCUUUCACCUUUAAUAACUUACAAUUUGCUUCCCUUUAAUGCUUUGCAAGAAUCUGCUGCCUGAAGCAGCCUGCCUCACUUAGUCUAAUGGCAGAGUCAAUCCUGCCCUCAGCAGCAGGUUGGGUGUGCAUUCCCAUUCAGAUUAUUCUGAUGCAAGCCUGAAAUUUCUCCAUUGAUCUCCUCCUCACCACACUUAAUUCCCAUUAAUCACAGCUUCAGUGAUUAGCCCAGCUAAUAACCUUAUCAUAUGAGUGGAGUGGACUGGCUUAUAAGUGCAUUGGGCAUGAUGCACCGGUUGUGACAGCGCAUGCUUUACAGGAAUUUGUAACAGUUGAUUCCACAGAAUAGUGAGUUUGGGAACUUGAGCUGGAUCAUAAGAUCUCUUACUGUGUCAUUACAAGCCGCAAGGAGAGUAGGCAAGGCAUUAUGAUAGCAUAGAGUUGCACUAAUCCUGUUUUUUCUUUGCAUCAAAAGGCUCUGGUGCAAUGCCAUAUCCAUCCUACUCUUUCCUGCCCUGUGGAGCCUUCUCUGAAACACCCUAACAAAUAACACUGGCAUAGACUAAUCCCUGUUAUUAGGUGUUGUCCUGCCUAGAUGAUAAGAUAAAUGAGUGUAUAUAAAAGUGUAAAGGGAGAUUGCUCACAAAAUGCUAACUACCUCUUUGUGACCUAGUUUGAAAGUGGGAUUAGUUAAGUAUGUGUGCACAUAUGCCAUUUUAAUUAAGAUCUGUUAACAUUCAGAAUCAAUUACCGUAUUGCACUUUCAUUAUUUUGUUUUCCUGCUUUUUAAAACAUCAUUAAAUGCAGAGUCACAGGAACUGAUGACCUCUGUUCUAUGCAUACCAGAGUGGAACAUCUGUACUUGGUUACUGCAUUACCACCUAGCAAGCUCAAGCUGAAGCAACAUCUGUAUAUUGAUUGCUGCCAUUGUAUCAAUGUUUUAGGGCUUCUUAAGAUGUUAAAGACAGGGAUGCGAGUGGUGCUGUGGUCUAAACCACAGAGCCUAGGGCUUGCCGAUCAGAAGGUCAGCAGUUUGAAUCCCCGCGACCGGGUGAGCUCCCAUUGUUUAGUCCCAGCUCCUGCCCACCUAGCAGUUCGAAAGCAUGUCAAGUGCAAGUAGAUAAAUAGGUACCACUCCGGCAGGAAGGUAAACGGCGUUUCCGUGUGCUGCUCUGGUUCGCCAGAAGCAGCUUAGUCAUUCUGGCCACAUGACCUGAAAGCUGUCUGCAGACAAACGCCGGCUCCCUUGGCCUAUAGAGCGAGAUGAGCGCUGCAACCCCAGAGUCGUCCACGACUGGACCUAACGGUCAGGGGUACCUUUACCUUUAAGAUGUUAAAACCUUCCUUACUUGAUAGGUGUCCUACUAUAUAUAGUGCGUGGGGAACUUGCUGAGCGCGAUCUAGUCUGUUCUUGUAGUCUGCCAGUUGGAUUAGCAUAAAUCAGUCUGGGAUUCACCAUAGUCCCCCUGUGGCUUUCCAGAUUUAAGGUAUUUUGAAUCGGUUCACCUGACAACUGCACCUGGAAGUGUUCUCCAAGAGUAGGCUGUUCAGAGAUUACAGUAUGAUUUUAACAGGGGGGGGGGGAGUUGCCUUUUUGCUCAAUUCCUGAAUGUGAAAUAGUAAAGUAUUCAAGGUAAGGGAUUGAAUUGUCUUCUAGCUUGUCCUAUAACAUUUGUGGGGUUUUCCCCCCUGUUGUUGUAAUUCUUAAGUUCUAGAUGCUAAGGAGAAGAGCCCAACACUGGAAAACAAUAUCAGUCCUCUUACCCUUAACGAAGCAGUUCCUAUGGAAAAGCAAACAAAGGAAAAUGAAGAAAUAGUUUCCAUUCAGAUUAAAGCAUCAGGUACUGAAUAUUUUAAGACACCUGGUAGUUAAAAGAUUCUUUUAUGGGUGGUAUUUAUGCUGUGGUUUCCAGUGUUCCAAAGAAUUAGAAGAUCAACAAUGGCAAGUUAAGCUUUCAUGAAAGGUAGCUUGCUCAUCACUACCAGUCUUUAGAUACAUACUUUGGUGUAUUCUGCUCAGUAGGGUUGCUAUAUAUCAGGAAGUUGUUGAGCUUUUUUUUAGGAAGCGCCACCUUUUGGAAAUCUCCCCGGACAUCAAUUCUGCCUUUGAAAUCCAGGUGAACUCCAGGAAAAUACUGUUCAAGCUACUUAGCAGAAAAAAAUCAGCAUAGAAAUGGUUCCCAGAACGUAGAAUGGUUGCCACACUAGUAUAUAAUUCACAUUUAUGAAGCACCGUAAUUGCUUGUGCUGAUUAAUGCUAGGAAGCUGGUGCUUGUAUGUGCAAAUUUCAUUAGACAGUCAAAAGGUGUCAUGAUGGUGAUGUUGUGAAAGACUUAAGAGAGAGAAAAGCUUGUAGAAGGUAGAAUUGCCAUUUUUAUGAGUUAAAAGAAGAUGGCCAUGUGGACAUAGAAAGCCCAUAGAGGUGUGGAUAAGCCCUUUGCUUACAUGUAGCAUGUCCAACCUAUGACAUUUUGCUGCUUGAGGCAAAGGACAAGAUGGUGUGCCCCUCGUGCCACCUACAUGAAGCCCACCAGACUAGAAGUUGCAUCUUACUUCAACACUGGCAGCAGCACAGUACACCUGCAGGCAACAGGCUCACUUAAGAAGACUUGCCGUUGGCUAUGUGGCACCAAUAGCUCUGUCCUCCAACACUACUGGUGCUCUCCUAUUCCCACAAUCCCCUGCCUGAGGGGGCAGCUUCCCUUUGCCUAAUGGGUUGGUUUUGACGUAGAGCCUGUAAUAUCUGCAUAUGUCUAAAGUGUCUGCAUCUGAAGAUGCAAAGUAAACUUUGGCAGUCCUGGCACGAAGAUAAUAGAUAAAGAUAAAACUGAAGCAAAAUAUUUCUACUGUAGAAUGUUCUACAUUUGUUCUCUAAUAAGGUAACAAUGAUGCCACCUAGUGUUUAUCUACAACAAAAGGCUUAUUUGAAAAAUACCAUAUUCACUAAAUACAACAUUAGAAAAUUUAAAAAGUCUGUGAUUUGAAUUCUGUAUUGAGGGCUGUUAAAACAUUUUGCAUUCUCAUCAGACUGUACAUUAUUUAACCAUGUGCUGCCAACCUGAAUUUUUUUUGGGCGGGGUUUGUUUUCUCCAGAGAGUCAAUUUCAAGCAUAUCAUAUCCUUGAAGCUGCAGUGACACCAGUUUUAAAAGAGCUUGUGAGUUUUGGCGUGCCUAAAUGGAAAUUUCGCACCCUUAAUUUUGACACCACCAGAUAUUUUUUAAAACAGCAGGAGAAAGUAAUCAGUGAUACUUUUAAACAAGGUGUGACUGGUAAGGACAGAUUCAUACAUUGUUUAUGACAUUAGCAGGGUUAUUUGUAUUACUCAGGGAUAAAGGUAAUAGUUUAUAACUUAGCAGACGGGGUAAUUGUCCUGGCAACUAUUAUUCGGGGUUUCUUUCUGAGAAUCUUCUACACACAAUCAUUUUAAUUCAUGGUAUUAGGAACUGAAUUGAAAUUUCCAAGGAUGCUGUAAUAGCCUAUUUCUUCAGAACGGACAUCAUUUGUUCACUUGGCUUUUAGAGAGAAUCCAAAUGAUGUUGCUGCUAAACUGCAGCAAUCUAGUGUUUUCUGUAUUGUCUUUUUCACCAGAUCUGGAGUCAUUUUUAAGACAAUUGCAGUCAUGUAGCAGUUCAUUGUUGUUGUUUUUAAAAGUAUUAUAGAAAUAUUGCAAUUGCAAUAAUACUAAAAAAGAUACAAUUACUCUAAAUGUAAGGAGGAAGCAAGUAAUGAAAGCUCUUACCCAUUGAGUAGGAACUGACUAAUGAAAGGGGCAAUUCAGUGCCCUAAGUGAAUAGGAAUAAGUUAGUUAAUGUGUCUGUUGCCAAGAAAGAGAAACCACUGUAAAAGAAAGGGGCAAGGAGGAAGAGGGCAAUAAACCGGCCAGGAACAGGGGAAAACGGGGCCUUGUAUGAUGCCAGUAGUGACAGGCUGUGGAAUAUUAGUAUGGAGAAUAUAGGGGAAUGUGGCUGUAUAUGAAAUGCCAUGUGGAACCACCAUUUUAAUACUUCUUCCAACUGCAGAAAUGUAUUGUAAUGACUCAGUAGCACUAAAGAGCUCUAGUGUGGAAGCAAUCUAAGGGCCUUAAAUGCCCCCCAUAUAGAGCUCUGUCAUUAAAAAAAGGUAAGAAAUGCUAUUCCCACAUUUACCAAAUAAUUCUAAUAUUUAUGGGAACACUCCUAUGUAAACUGUACAUUUCUGUGCCUUUUUAAUAGGUAUCAAAGAGGGGAGAGAGAUUGCAGUAUUCAAACAUGCUGUUGCUCUUCAUUUACUGGUAACAGUUCGAGACCUGUUAUUAACAUGUAACUUGAACACUGCAUUAGGUUAGUUUUAUAUCAUCAUCAUCAUCAUCAUCAUCAUCCUUUGUAAUUUUAAUAAAACACAGCAUGAAAAUACCUGAACACUACUGUAGAUCGUUGAGGCACUAGUGACGUUGUAAAAAUCCAUUCAUAUUUUAUAUCAUUUUGUUGACAGAUCUGUAUGAGAAUUCAGUUCUUCAUUAUUGUUCCAAUUCCUCACUUUUUUAAACAUGUAAAUAUUGUGAGGGGGCAGGGAAUUGCUGUGAAAAUGUCUUGAAUGUAAAUUCUUUUUUAUUUGUUCGUUAAUGGUAUCAUGGAAAAAUUAUAUAGGUCUAGUUUCCUGUUAUUGGGAGUAGAAAUCUAGCUAUCUGGAAUUUGUCUUUUGCAUGGAUCUGUGGCCUAAUCCAGCAGGCAGCAAGGAGGCACAACCAGCUGGGAAGUGCCCUGGAACUGUGAUUGCCUUGCCAAUUACUGCUCAACUCCUCUUUGCUUGCUGUGCAGGAGGGGAUAAAAGGGAGCCACCAUGGGGAAGGAGAGAAAGGAGCACUUAGGGGAGCAGGGCUUCUAGUUGGAGAAAAAAGGCAAUGGGAAAGGGGGGCUACAGCCGCUCAAUCUCCCGAAAAAGCAUCACUCCUUCAGAUUGUCCAAAGAUAGCAAGGACAAUCUGCUGAGAACUGUAUUGGAUGGGUGAGCGAUAAGGUGAGGUCCUCAUCUUCGCUGCAACACCUAGAGACCUGGUGAAGCUCUGGGUGUCCAAUAAGUUUUGGCAAUAAGUUUAGGACUUUGCUCUGAAGCUUUCCGGGACUUUGCCCUGAGGCUUUCUUCUUUCCCAGUUCUAAUGAGGGAGGGGCCUAGCAUAUCCUUUGCAGAGCUAGCCCUGUAUCAUAUUCUAAGUAUGUUUCAGUAUCAUAUUCAUUUCAUCAGAGCAUGAAUUAACUUAAGGCUGUUACUCGUCACAGAAGUACUACAUUUUGUCCCAGCAUGGUACAUUUCCCUCCUCCAAAAUAUUUCUAAAGGUUGAAAGGGAAGAGUUAAUAUAUGUUGAGUCUGGAAGAUUUGGGUGAGGGUGGCUGGUUCAGCAUUACAGAAUGCAGCCUUUAAGGGCAACAUUGGCCAAUCUUUAAAUUACCAGUAAAACUAUCAUGGACCAUAACAAUGUUAAAAGUCUGUGGCAGAUGCAUACAUUGUAUUUUUGGUUUAUUUUUACAGCAUUACAGUGUAUGUCACCUCCAAAUGAAUCAAGUAUUUAUAUGGUUUGAGGGAAUAUGUUUAUUAUGCUUAGGGCUGUUUCUGUGCUAUAUAUUUUUCUUUUGGUGUUGUUUUAAUGUUAAACUUGAUGGUUGCUUUGUGAUUGUUUCGUAUUGGACAAUAAAAAGAAACAAACUACUAGUUUGUUACAGUACUGUUGUUGAUGAUGAUUUUGUAAAGCAUGUGAUUGAUGUAAUUAAUUUUAAAUAGGAUAUUUGUUCAACGCAAAAGAUAGAUAUAAGGACUUCCUGGACUCCAGGCUGGAUAAUAUUUAUAGAUUGUUGGAGAUUGUGCAGAUUUCCAUGCAGAAGCAAGAAGUCAACCCCAAGAUAAAAGAACUACAUCAUCAAAUGUCCAAAUGGGUGCAGAGUAAUAUGAAUGAUCAGAAUAAGGUAAAUAAUAUCCAAAGCUGGCAUAUCUGGUGAAAACCAAGACUGGAAUUAUUAUACAGAAUUUUUAGCAUAGCGUGAAUUGCCAGGGAAGGAAAGUUCACCCACCUGUCAAAGUGUUGGAGAAAUAAUUCCCCAACCUUGGGGUAGGGGUAGUCUGCUCAGCAAAGGCUAGGACUGAGCAUCUACAAAUACUAGUUUUUCCAUUGCCUUGCUUCUUAUUUUUUCUACAUCCAUUAAUCUACUUUUGCAUUUAAUCUAAAUUACUCUUGCUUCUUGUGAUUAAUCCUCAAGUCCUGAAAAUAUCUACCACUAUCUCAAAUUAUUGUCAAAUAUUUUAAAUAUCAAAUACAGGCUGAUCAUUGUGUUGUUGUUUUUAAAAUGCAUACAGUACUUUAUUUUAUUUUUUAUGAUGUGCCAGGUAGUAAUUGUGACUAGAAUGGGUUUUGAUGAAGAAACAGAUGUACUAAUCAACACCAUCAGUACAGUGCACGGUAAAUGUUAUUUUUCAUAUUGCUUGGAAACUGUAUAUGCCCUAAUGUUUGCAUGCAUGCAUGCUUGCUUGCAUGUUUCAAUUCAAAAGUCUUGGAUCAGAAUCUCAAACUCCCAUAUUAUUAUUAUAUAUUCUGUAGUUCUCUGAGCAAUGAUGAUUUCUCUGUUUUAGUUUCCUUUCAACAAGAUAGAGACACCUGCAGUGAUUUCAUGAUAGGUGUUCAUUUAAAAACAAGCACAGUGAGCAUUGAGAGCCAGGUAGGACUACUAGAAUAUAAAGUUGCAUCAGCUCCUCCACAAGCAAGUGUGAUCAUCUCUUGAAGCCCCACAAAUGUCUUCCUAACUAAAAAUCUCAGACCUAGAUAUGUUUGUUUCCCUCAAAUCUCUGCAACUUUCUCCAGCCUUCACCUCAGGUUGUGGAGCAUGUCCCAGCCACCAGCUAUCAACGUUCAAUUAAUAAAUCUUUCCAAAUCAAGCAAAAGCCAUUGAGCAGGCACCUCUGAAUUGCUGUAGAAACAUUAGAUGGUCGUUAGGAAGCAAUCUGAUAUACAGAUGAUGGUCACUUCACAGUCAUUACAGCAUGAUACUUUCUGCCUUUGGAUGAAAUAUGAAUGAGACUUUUCGUAGGAAAUACAACCCCUUUGCACGAGCUUUUCUAUAGAACUAUAGUUAUCAGCUUCAGAAGAACCAGGAUAUUAAGCUAUGGUUUGAAGUUGACUUAAUAUCCAGACUUGUUCAGAAGCUGCUAACCAGAGUUUCCUGGUCCAGAGGAAAUUAGAAACUAUGUAUUGUAAAUGGAAAAGUUUCCUAUUUAUUUGCUGUCUCACAUCAAGGGGCUGAAUGUAUGGAAAACAAAGGCUCAUUCAUAUCAUUAAGACAACAGAUGCUCAUCUGAAGUUGCCCUUUAAAGAUUAAUAAUAACUUGGUGCACAAAAUGUAAAAAGAACAGAAAACUUCCCAGUACAUUUAUAUAAAUAUUAAAGAUAAAGUAAAUAUCAUUACUAUAUGCUGGUAUUUUUCACGCUCUCUUGUCUGAUGGAACCUGACAAAUGUUAUUAUUGGUUAUUAUUGGCCGUAUGACAAUUUCCACAGCUUCAAAUGAACCUUUAACUUGAGUCACUAACUUGCAGCUCUGUCUUCCAACAGGCUUGAAAAUUGUGUAUUUAGAUUCUGAAGAAAGAGGGACUUUUCUAGAGAGCCAAGAUGUAAUAAGUAGGUGAGUAUACUUCAUUAUUAGAAAAUAGACUGGGAUCUUGCAAUUAUUACAGAAAGGAUUUGUAGGAUGUAACUGAAGGUAGUCAUACUAAAACUCCCCCACCUUUGCUUCGUUUGCAGUUUGGAAAGAUCCUCUUGUGUGGUUGUAUAUAAUCAGAACAUUGGACCUGAUUUCCCUUGGACUCAUUUUUCAUUAGUGGUGGAAUAUAAUUAUUCAGAAAAAUCAUGCUGGCUUGAUAUUUGCAAAAAUCUGAAUGUUUCUUACAUAACUUUCAUAACCACUGUUCCGGAAACAUUUGGAAUCGGUAAGUGAAUGUUUAAAUACUAAAUAGAUGAUAAAAGUCAAAUAGGUUUGGGCAUGCUUCAUAAAAAGUGAUCCAAUAUCUUUUCAAAUGGUUACAUAAAAUUGACUCCCGGAAAUGAAAGUCGCAUAAAAUCAGAUGGUGCCCAGGGUUUCCUCCCCCAGCUAUACAGCUGUAAAGGCAGAAAAGAACUAGUGCUGUGCUCUGAUCUAAUGGGAAAACUAAUAUAUAGUGUUAAUAUAGCAUUUUUUAAAUAUAUUGUUUUGUGCUAGUCAACUCUAAUGGGGUUUUUAAAAAAUAUAAUUCAGCAAUCUUAAUCUUUUACUUAUACAUUAUUUCAGUAAUCCUUACAGCAACCUUGUAAAGUAUGUCAGUAUUCAUAGUACAGAUUGGUAGCUGAAGCUGAAAGAUUGUAGUUUGCCUGAAAUAACUUUAUAUAGAUUGAGAGGAGAUUUUAUUCCAGGACUGCCUGACUCACAGUUCACUUAAAAGCAGCAUGAUCAUGUGCAUAUUUAUGGCAUCUCCAUUAUAUAUCUUUAGGUGCCAGGCAAUAACGCUCUUCUUCAACCAGGGCUUUGGCUGAUUAAUAUUCUAAAGCAUUUUAAAUGUGUUUGUGGGAGGGGGGUUGUUGUUUUCUGUUUUAACUACUCAAUUGUGCUUUUAUCUUGUGUUUUUAUGAACUGCACUGAGACCUUUGGAUGAAAGGUGGUAUAGAUAUCUUAAUAACAAUAAUACUAAUAAUAUUCUUUAGAAGAGGUUUCUCCAGAUAAUUUUGGGUGUGUCCUCCUGGAACUGCCAAUUCCAUAUGUUUUUCUGACAUCUGAGGGCCUUCUCAAUACCCCAGAAAUCCUUCAGUUACUGGAGUCCAAGUAAGUAGUGAGCAUCUUGCAUUCUCUUUGCGUUUCCAUUGUCAUAGCUUGCAAUUCCUCCUCAGCCUGUUCUCUAUGGCUGUUAAUAAGGAUUGAACGUUAAUAAUCACUUGCAACCUACUUCUCAAUUAAAUGUGGCCAGUUGAGGAUGAAGGAAUCUGUCAAUUUAGGUUUCUCACAGCUUCUCAUUUUUCCAAGGCUAAAUUCACUUUUCCACAAUUCCUCAGCAAUUUGCAUUUUAAAACAUUGCCAGCGUUUGGGUGCAAAUUUAUCCUAAUAAGCACAUUUUCCUAUCGAUUUUUUUUCACUAAUAUACACAUUUUUGCAAACAGUUGCUAAUAAUAUAAUGCAUUUUUGCAUGUUAUUUUCACUAAUAUAUGUGUUUUUAUGCACAUUUCCCCUUAAUAUAUGCAACAUGUAGGUUGGUUGUAUUGCAAAAUUUGGCAAAUGUCAAUUUCAGAUGAUGGCUGUUGUCUGGUUUGCAUAUUGUUUUUGGAAGUGUGAAUUAGAUCCCCCCCCCCUUAAAAUACAAGAAAAAUAUAAUUUAUUCCCGUUGGGGUGGGGUGGGGGGUUGUAUGCCCUAGCCUUUUGUCAGGUAAUUCAGUAGCAAGCAAUGAACUGGCAGAGGUGUGCGAUGCAGGAGAGGUGAGCAAAGUCCUCUUAUAAUUUAGCAGGGCUGGAUGACAUGGGCAAAGAAAGACUACCAUGAGAAAUAAUGCUGGGACAUUCAGUGCAGGAAGAGCACAAUUUUAAGUAUUUCAGUUGGGUUACUGAAAUGUACACAGCUGGUCUACUAACAGGGACUAAUCUGUACAGGUACAAUAUUACAUUUAUUGAGAGGAAGUGCUGUGAGGCAUUACAGUUCUUUGGAAGCACGGACCGUUACAUCGUGAUGACUGUAGAUGAAUGCACUGCUAUCGUUAUUCAGGUAAAAAUAUGUGGCAGUUAAAGAUUUUUCCCUUGCGUAUAUGCAAAGUUUUAUGCUGUCCUGGACACUGAAGGGGUCUAAGAUGUUUCACAGCUUAGUAAUAAGUUAACAUUAGAAUAUGUCAAAUAAUACGUAAAUCUUGAUAAUCUGUUAGCCAAGGGGGGAUUGUUCUGUUGUAUACCUACUAAAUAUAUUAUGUAUUUUGCUCUAUGAUCCUGUGCAUAUCUACUCAGAAGUGAACCUUAUUGAGUCAGUAAAAAUUGCUGCUGGAUAAGUGAGUACAGAGAUGGCCAAUUACCCUGCUCUGGGUUGACAGCGUUGGCAGCCCCUCACAGGCUGUCCUCCAUUUCCCUCGUAGCAAGGAAUCACGUCCCAACAGCCGACAGUUGUAAAAUCCCCCACUGGCUACAUUACAGGGCAGAAUAGCCCACCAAGGCUAAAGUUUAAAUUGCCCAAUCAUGGGCUGCCAAGGGGGUGGAGCCUGGUUGGCGGGCUUGAGCGCAGAAGAUCUCACUCUGGUCUGCCAGUUAAGCGAGUACAGAAACACAGCUUUAGAUCAAGUGGGUGAUUGUUACUCAAGGCAUAAACUUUAUAAAGUGAAUUAAUGAAGGUUGUCAAGCAGACUUUUGAGCCUGUAAAAUUACAAACCUCAGAUAAAUGGAGGGGUAAUAAGUAUAAGACACCCCCAUGUAUAAGCCAACCCCUAUUUUUUUGAACCCAAAAUUAAGAAAUCAGUAUUUCUUGAGUUGUUGAGCUUUUCUAGGCGGAGCUUACCCUUGAGUUGUUUAGCUAUCCAUGUAUAAGAUGACUCCCAAUUUUUGCCUCAUUUUUUAAAGGAUAAAAACCAUUGUCUUAUACACGGGAAAAUAUGGUAAUACUCAUGUGGAAGCAAAAAUAUUGGUGGUUCUUUUUUUCUUCUAAUCCACACUUUAAUCCUGCAUGAAUUAGUUGCAGAGUUUAAGAGAUUCAUGACAUUUUAAACAUUUAAGGCACACUCACUGAUUCUGCUAUGAUUUAAUAGGCAUCUGUAAUUCAAAUCUCAAAACACACAUUAGCUUAAUUAUCCCUGUUUUAUAGAAAGUGAAACUCACUUUCCAAAUUAGGGGUGAAAUCCUGUGCUUCAACCAUUUUCAGUGAUAACUAUAGUCUUGCAUAUACAAUCAGCUCCUUGCUUUAUACUUAUUUCGUUGCAGAACAUGGAAGAACUUGGUUAUGAAAAAUCUUCUGAUAGCAUUGUGUUAAGGCUUGUGGUGCUGUCACUCCAGUACAGCUCCUGUUGGAUUAUUUUCUACUCCCAAGAAAGAUUAAAUUCAGAGUAAGUUCAUAUCUUUUGUUUGACCCUAGUUCAUGAGGUUUAGAAGAAUGCCAUCUUUUUUUAAGAAGUGAAAGCUCAAAUUUGCAAUAUUUCUCCCAAGGCUGUAGCUGUAAUGGAGGAGAUCCUCUAGAGCAGGGAUGUCCAACAGGUCAAUCAGCUCCUUUUCCUUUGUGUUGGCCUAAGAGCAUCCGGCCCCUCCCCAUCCCUCCAUUUUCACAUAACUGCUGGAACGGAAGACAGAGUUUUUACUCGUCUUACAUUUUGCUCUUAAUAACGGGGCUUUCCUCCCUAAAAAAAGCUCUUUGACCUGAACCCCUCCAAAAUGGAAUUGUCCUCCGUAUAAAAAGCUCAACAACUUUGAUCUGAACCUUCCCCAAAAGGGGUAGAUCACUGCCAGUCCCCCCACCCCAUGAGUAGAUCACAGUCUCUUGGGAGUUGGACGUCCCUGCUCUAGACCUUUCCCCUGAAUGUUCAGUAUGGAAACUGUAGUUUACCUGUUUAAAACAUACCUGUUCCUACCUUCCAGCAUUCUGGCAAUUGACUGCAAACACUUUGAUAUAGCAAACACUAGACACUUACUCUAAAAUGUUUAUUUUAUUAAUAUCUCAUACAACGGAAUAACCUUAAAUAUAUUUAACUAUGUAUGUUAUGGUUAAGUUAUUUAUCCCAGUCCUGUGUAUCCUGAGUUGCCCUCACCACAAAAUUGCUGAUUAUGGGUCUGAUUGCUGCACAUGCCUUAACAAACAUGCUUUGACUGCUGCUGUUCGGGAGCUGGAUAGCAGCACGUUAAGAAGUGCAGGCCUCUUAAAAAUGCUGCAGCCUAGCCAGUCACUAUAAAGAUGUUAUUCCUCACUAAUUAUUUACAGGACAACAGGGUCAUUUCUGCAUCCACAUUCACUUUCCUGGUGCAGUCUGACUUUCUUCAGAUCAGACAGAAAUAGCUACCUUAAAUGCUCUUUCCUUGUGAGGUUAUGGAGAGAAGUCUGGGUUGUAUGAAUACUACCCAUUCUGAGAUAUCUUGCUUUGAUUCUUGUGGAUACAAUCCAACCAAGUUUUACUGGGAAUUGACCCAUUGAAGUCAGUGGGCAUAACUAAUUUCAGCUGGCCUGCUCUGAGUAAGACGUAGUUAGAUACAUUUGUCAGUUUUGCAGUUACUGAAGUGUCUUACAUUUUUAACUUUGUUAUUUUUUACUGUAUCAUGUAGUUCUGCCUGUUCAGUUUUUAUUGCAUCCUUUCUAUAGGUUAAGAAGAAGAAUAACAGUGAAUCUAUAUUUGACUGUACACCACUUAGAGAUUUUAUUUAAAUGGUAUUAAGUGGUAUAUACUGUAAAUGUUUUAAAAUAAAUACAUAUAUCACAGAAAGGAAAAAUAUUGGAACAAAGUAAGGAUACAUAGGGAAAGAAUUCUGGCAUGCAGUGUAAGCCAAAUAUAUACAUUUUAUAAAAAGAGAUAAAUCUAAAGAAUAUUAAUGUUGUUUGUACUUUAUCACACUGUUUCCCCAGCAAAUGUUCAGGUAACUUAAUGUUCAAUAUUUUAUAGAUUUUGAACACAGAUAUUGACUAAGUGUAAUGAAAUACUACUUUAUUUAGGUAUAGUCUAGCUGGAAAGACUCUGCAUCACCUAACCUUGAUUUAUGGAGCCUUGGUUUCAUUUGCACAGAAGUCGGAAGACUUUGACGUAAAGGUAGUUUUUGUAAAAUAUAUUCUUUAAUGUUGCUGAUGAAACUCCAUUAGCAGAAUAUUUGUCCUUCAUGCAUAGACAAAAGAUAGGAAAUUGGUUAGAUUUUAAUAUCUGCUGUAAAGGAAUCUCAAAGGAUGUGUGGGAUCUGGCAGUAACUUGGUUUGCAUGAAAUGCUAAGAUAAGGUCUGUUUGCACACCCAAACCUAUCCUCACCAAUGAACUAUGACUUGCUAGUGAUCAACAAAUCGGAAUAUAAAACCACUGUUUGAAGUUGGCUUAUGAAUUGCAGCUUGUGUCAACCAUGGCUUCUUGUUGCAUCUAACCCCACUAUGCAAGCAUAAUCCUGGUUAGUGUUGGUGCCCCGCCUCAAGAUGCUCACCUGUCUAGAGAGAAAUGCGGCAAAAGUGAUUAGCAAACAGAAACCAACAUUAGGUGAAACAAGACUCCAAAUAUUGACCCUGCUUUGUUCAACAAACUAUAGUUAAGACAAACCAUAGCUUUGUGUUACAAGUGAAAGUGGCCACAGUUUUCAAUGGAGUCUGUAUAAAGCUGUGUUUCUUAUGUCAUCACUUGGCUUCCCCCACCCCUAUCAUUUGGUUCUCAUUUGCGAGGGCUGAAGGCUUAGAAUGAGAGUACCUGAUUCCUGGAGUGCUGGAUUCCUCAUUUUUUUACAUAGCCAGUUGGCACCAGUGCAGAUUGAAUUUUCUUGUGACAUACCCUACAUUCCCAAAUGUGUGCUACAAAACACAAGCAGAAGUGCAGGAAGAAGGUGCAGAUGCAAUCCAAAGGUAUACUCACUCAAUAAGUUAAGGUACAGGGCAAUUCUAAGCCCUGCUCCAUGCUGCUGGUGGGAGUUAGAAUGUAGCAGAGGUGACCUCCUGCCUUGGUCUGCUGGGUUCUUCCACUGAUGUACUUGAUGAAAGGGCAGUGAUGUGCACACUUCUGUUUGUGCUUUCCUACCAGUAGCAGCCUAUGUAAGGUCCCCAAAUAGGGCAUUUUGGAGUUGGGGCAGGAGCCAAAGCUCGCCCGUUUCCUGAGUGCGGGGGGAGGAGGAGAAAAAGAAGAAGAAGAAGAAGAAGAAGAAUUGCCCUGUUAACCAUCAGCCACGGCCAGUAUUCUAAAAUCACUGUACUGAGUAAUCUUGUGGCAAAUUUAUAUCACACAAGCUUCUGCUAUCUAUUGUCACAAGUAUUGCUUGUUUGCACUGCCCACGCUCUGUCCAUUGUAGCUGGCACAUGAUAAGUUUCAAAUAAUUCUGGCAUGUGACAGUAGGAAAAAACACUGUGGUCUGAACAGAAGUACCUAAUGCCAUGUUACCACUAGAGGUCAGCAAGCUCAGUUAUCACAAUUAAGCAAUCCAUUAUUAAUGUAAAUUCUCUAGGUUUUUCUUCAACUUUUAAAAUCCUGAUUAAGCUCCUGAUGUUCUACUUGGAAAAUAAAUGAAAGCAAAUGUAAAUUCUUAGUUCAGGCUGUUGCCUGAUAUAGCUGGGGUAGAAUUUUUUAACCGCAUAUAGAGCUUACUGGAAAAUUGGUAACUGAGGCCUUGAUUAUCUUAAUGUUGUGUCUAGGCUGAGAUUGUUAACAUGCAGCAUCAACCUGGGCAUUAAAUUGCCAAGGAUUCUUGUUGUUUUGUUCUGUUUUAUGUAAUCUCUGUUCUGAAUGUAUAACAACAUUUUAGGUGGUUCUUACGCCAGGAGUUGAAGAGACAGCCCUUUUGGUUCGUCAGAUCGCUGACCACAUUUUGAUGACUUCUCAAAGACAUCCUCAGGAAUGGCUAGACAAAUCUUGGCUUUCCGUCUUGCCGUCAGAGGUGUGUUUCUCUUAAACAAAAAGGGAACCUGUGGCCCUCCCAAAUGUUGCUGAAGUACAACCUCCCACCCUCCCAUCAUCCCUGACCAUUGGCAAUGUUGGCUGGGGCUAAUGGAAGCAGCAGGUGGAAAGCCACUGGUUCCCUCCUCUCCUUACAAGGGACAGGUGGUUCCUGUUCCAUUGCAUUUCUUUUAUUCUUAAUGUGUGUAGGCUACAAUAGCAGGAAACACUAUUCAAAUGCAGCUGUUGCACAUGAACGGAUCCUCCAGAGGAUAAGGACUGCAACCCACUUUACAUGGUAGGCUGCGGUCCUUCCUUGCUAGUGGGUCUUCCAGAUGGAAAAAUGCAAUCUGCCCAUCUCUUAUCAAAGAAAGGAAUGAAUCGCUGUAUGCUGCUGGCUGGCUAAAAGCCAUCCUAUUCGUAAAUAAAUGUAUGUUUUAUAUAAUGAUGUAGUUACUUUCUGGAAGGAAGAUCCUGAAGCAAAAUGAGAGAGGUGACCAGACUGAGAUGUUGCCUGCCUUACCUGAUCUUAGUUGAUUCUCCAGGAAAACAUGGCUGGAGGCACUGGCACACACUGAUUUCUCACGGCAAAUGAAUCUGAUUCAUCCUCUUUCAUUACUGUUGCUUUCAACAUGGCAGAUGCAGGCAGGGCAGAAAGGGAACAAGCUGUUUUUAAUGCCUUGUUGAAAUUGUAAUUUAUAAUGUCUCUUUUGCAGUGCCAGCUUCCUGGAAACUGGCUUAAUUAUAAUAUUGUUAUGCUUGCCCCAGUUUCCUGAGUGGUGAGAAGUUCCAGGAGCUCAGCAUGCAUCUGGAUUUUGGUUUCCUUCUAAGUGGAGGGACUUAAAAUAUUUUGUAAUAUUUGAAUUUAUAUUAUUUUGGGCAUAGGUGGAGGUGCAGUUUAACUCCUACAAAUGGUAAACUCUGCUGCCUUACAUCGGAUCCCCAGAAAGGCAGUUUUCAAAAGACACUUUCUAAAAACUAGCCCUUUGCUUCUUUCUUUGUUCCGUUCAAAAAGCCCAGUCUUUGCUUAUUUCCACUCACAAAGGUAGGUAACAUCAGCUUGAGCAGCGGAAAAUAAAAAGGAUUACCUUUGCCAAAAUGGCUCUUGCCUUCCAGAGGCGUCUUCAGCUAUCUUUUUACUUGUAGCCUCUCUAACAGCAGAUGUGCCUGCCAACUUGGCCCGCUAACCAUUAAGGUACAUUUGUAGGCAUUCUGGCCCCAGGAAACCUCUUUUAUCCUACUUUGCAGCAAUCAGUUAGCAAACUCAUAAGCUAUUACCUUUGAACUCAAAACAAAGCAAACAUCACUUGCAACUGUCCUUGAAAACAUAACAAAGUUAAUUCUGGUUUUCCCCCUCAGGAAGAGAAAUCCUUGUUUACAUUUCCAUGCAUGAAUCCUCUAGUGGCUCAAGUCAUGUUAAAGAAAAGCUCUUCACUGGAGUGGCUUCUGUCAGCAACUUUUGACCAGCUUCAUGCGCUUCUGCCUGAAGUGCCUGAGAAAGUUCUGAAGGUCAGAUAUUCAGGACCCCUGCAUCUCCUGUGUACUGUGUGUGACUGUGUUUAUAUGUGUUUAUGCAAGAAUCCAGUACUUUAGGUUUGUCCAAUCAGUGGCAUAGCGUGGGUUGCAGCGCCCAGGGCAAGCAAGCCACUGACACCACCAGGGUGCCUCACCUGAGCCAAGCGGGGCCACCUCACUGCACUGCCUGCCCAUGCAGGUGGGAGCCUGCCCGGCCCGGCCAACAUGACCCUUGGCAGGCGAAUCCCCCUGAUACCCACAGAGAGGAGUGCUGGGCCAGGCCGCACUGGAGUUACCCCUUACCCUCCUCCCUCCAUUAGUGCUGGCUCAUUGUGGGCCUGAGCUGCUCUGCUGCCUUCAACAAGGUAGGGCAAGGAUCCUCAUGGAAGCCGGCGCCUGUAUGUGGAUGCCUGGUUGGUCCCCUUAAAAUUUUGCGCCUGGGGCCAUGCCCCUCCCCCCGCUAUGCCAUUGUGUCCAAUUGAUGCACAACCGCCAUGUGGGUCCUUUUGGAUAUGGAAGAGGGAGGAAUGGGGGUGUGGCAGAACACACUGCUGACACACAUGGGGCCCAGAAAUGCACCCCUUGUGCAGAACGGUUGCCGCCUAUAUAAUUUUGAAACAGAAGGGUGACAAGAAAAAUUCCUGACGCUGAAUUUAUUUUUUUACAACUUGAUCCGUAUUAUAUGUGUUUCUAUAAUGCAUGCCAUCUGCAGAAACCUGCAAUUUAAAGUAAAUUGGCCAAGACUGUUUUGCGAAUGCUGCAUAUCCCUUGCCAGGGCCGGCCCACCCAUGAGGCAAGGUGAGGUGACUGCCUCAAGUGGCAAGAUCCACAGGGGCAGCAGAUCCAGACUCCAAUAAAUGUAUUGGCGGUGGCUGCUGCUGCUGUACACUCUUUGGAGGCCGGACCGUUUGCCUUUUUGGCAGGCCCCCUCUGAAUGCUGCCUCUACAGCGGCCCCUUGGUCUGCUUCGACUCUAGGAAGGAAAUGGUGAGGGCUAUCCUCUGGGGGUCUCUUGAAUCUGCACCUACCCAGCAUGAGCGGGCUCCUUCCCCUCCCCUUGUAAUUGCCACUUCAACCAUCAAGUAAGGUUGAUUUGAAACACACACACCGUUAUUUCCAAUGUAGAUCUUCACUCACCCCUUCUUCACUGGCAGCAGGGAGACACUGUUUUGUGAUUCACCUCAGGAGCCAAGAUGUCUUGGCCCAACCCGGCCCCUUGCAAACCCAUUUAUAAAAGGUUCCAUAUCAAAAGUGUAGACAUGCACUGAUAUAAACCUAAUUCUGUGUUGUUCCCAUAGUUUGGUUGCCACUGAAAAAACUGCCACAGCAUAGUUAGGCCACAACAGUAAUGUUUGUAAUUUCUUGUUAAUAUUAUUAACAAGACAUCUUCCACACCUGUAUUGGUAGCCCUGAUGAUGUACCUCGUUUAUUACAUUGUUUUUACUGGGUUACGGAUGUUGCCAUUACAGUGUGGGUCUUCAGCUGUGAUUUUCCAGUGGCAACUAUACCACAAUGAGAUGUUGCCAUUACAGAUGCAAGCAGUGAUUUACCCUGUGGCAACUAUACCAAAACUAUACCGUUUUAGGCCAUAGUUUUAGGAAUCCUGCAAUUGUCUUGCUUUUUUUCUCAUGUGUGAAUGUUUAAUGCGAUAAUGCUGCGUUGCAUUUGCCAGACAGCUGCCACCCUAGUAUUACUGGAUAUUUCAAGAUGAAAUCCUGCUUAUACCACCUUAAGAUGUUCUAAUACACCAGAACUGUGUUCAAAAAGCCAUCCUAAGUCUUGAUUUGAUAGCCAAUAGAAUUUUAUACUUGAACUAAAGCAUUAAAUCUUCAUAUAAAUUCAGUUUCCCCUUUAAGGUUUUGAUGGUGAUGUCAUUUUUAUGCACAUUCAGAUUGGCGUAUUCCCUAUCACUGGAUAGUUGAAAAUGCUGUGGCAAUAAAAGCUUCAUGUCUUUCUAGUGGUGUAGACUUGAAUCUGCUUCUUCCAUUCCAGCACUUUAGUGACAUCACAUCACUGUACAUCUUGAACCCUCCAGUAGAGCCAAAACUUCCAGAAGAAACUGUGUCACUUCAAAAAAACAUAAAGGGCUCUAUCAGCUCUUGCUCUGAAAUUCCCUUUUCCAAGGCGGUGUUAUCUGGCUUUCAAGGACACAGUCCCUUUACUGAAUAUUUUGGAAACUAUGGUGAAGUACAGAACAGCAAAAAUUGUUUCCCAGUUUACUACCAAAAUGAGUCCUAUACUCCUCUGAAAUUAGGUGGAAAGCACAGCAGCUUAAUAGCACCUUCACUACCAUACCAGGAAAAAGUUUGUUUCUUUCAGGAUAAUACAGGCAUAGAGCAGCAACAGUACAUCCCAUUUGCGAAAAAAAUGGAAGUGGAAAAAAGAACAACUUCAUCACUGCUACCACCAGAUGAUCUGAAAGGACGUCCCCAUAUUAACUUUGAAGCUACAAUGCCAUAUUUAGCGUACAACCUGGGUGGAACAAAUAUGUAUCUUGAAAAUAGCACGCAAAACAGAAUGUACCGUUCAAAAGCUGCAGGCCAAAUGCUUGCUCAUCAAGAUAUUGAAAAUGUACUGGAGGUGAAAAAGCAGCCACUUGUAAAGCAAUGUGAAUCUAGCAAGGAUUCCAAAUCUUCUUGGCAUCUUGUCUCUAGCAGAGAAGAUUGUCCAAUCCAGCAAAACUCUCAGAGUUUUCUAGGAGAACUUGGUGCGACAGGAUAUAGUGGUCCAAAAUUUCAGUUUGCGGAGACGUUUUGGGGUAACCAGUCAUCCGUGCUAGCAAUGGAUUCAUCUCCCCAUGAUUCAAGUUUCAGCAAAGAAUUAUCUAGUCCAGAUAGAUUCUUUAAUUUGGACUUUCCAAUAACAGGAGAGUACACAAGAAAGAAAAAUCCCAAUGUGUUAUCAUCUAAUCCAAGAGAAUGCGUUUCAGCAGGUAGAGUAAAACCAUAAAGCACUCUUUCCUGCCACUCUUUUCUGAUUAAGUGAAAAAUAGCUUUUCCUUACUAUUUUUCUUACAGCUCCAUGCCCUUUCACCUGCUAUUGCUCAAAAUUACGGAAAUUUUAUCAGAACCAUGAGCAGUCCUUUUGUUUAAUGGGAUAUUUGGCCAUUCCUACAGAAUGAAAUGCUGGACCUAGUCUUAACUCUUAACCUGAAUGUGUUUGAUUCUGUUGCGUUGAUGCUUUAGGGCCAGCUCUCAGUUUACUGCUUCAGGCUUUCAUUAAAGGAAGCUUCCUCUGAACAGAGGAAAAGUUAAUUGAAAUCUGUGGUGUUGCUCAUAUUGUUGAACCUUAGGGAAAUUAGGAUGAUUAUGAGAGAGUUGUAAACAAUGCUUUCAACUGGCCCUCGUGGAUUAAAGUUGAGAUCUGAGUAACUAUACUUUUAUGUACAGUGGUACCUCGGGUUACAUACGCUUCAGGUUACAGACUCCGCUAACCCAGAAAUAGUACCUCGGGUUAAGAACUUUGCUUCAGGAUGAGAACAGAAAUCGCGCUGCGGUGGCGUGGCGGCAGUGGGAGGCCCCAUUGGCUAAAGUGAUGCUUCAGGUUAAGACCAGUUUCAGGUUAAGAACGGACUUCCGGAACGAAUUAAGUACUUAACCUGAGGUACCAUUGUACUCUCUUUUUAUACUUAUUUUCUACCGAAAUCUACUGCUUUUUUGAGCGUUGAAAUGCUCAAUUAUAAUUCACAUUUCUUUUUAACAAAUUGAGAUCUGUGGAAUGACCAGACAUUAAUUAGGUGUUUAACCAUGGGAAAUAGCCUCUUAUGACAAAGCCUUUAAGGAUUCAGCCAGUCUGACAUUCUUACUGUGCUUCACUGUUUCCUUGCUUCUCUGGGCAUAUUAAUCUUAACAUGUUUCCUUUUGAUGCAUGCUUUCUCAUGUGAAGCUGUAAGCUUCAUUUUAAACAUUUCCCCCUUAAUAAUGUUGAAUUUGUGCAGCUGAACACGUUAAUAAAUCUGGUUAAAAACCUUUUAUUUACAAAGGAAUAUAUCAGUUAAUGCCUUAGAAACACUCGAAUGCUGCACCAUUGUUGAAAAUUGACAGAUGUGGGAGUCCAUGUAAGCAGCUCUGAGCUUUGUAAAGGAAGAGAAAUAACUUAAAGAAAUAAAUAGUAUGGUGUUAAAGCCCAUAAUUACACAAUCCAAGAUGCCAUUUCAAUGUUGUAACCUUGUCUCCAUUUUAAGCUCUUACACACCAUUGCUUUAGCAAGCAAUUAAUUCCUUUUUAAGACAGAAAUUCAGGGCACCAUGUAGCCAACAGUAAGCACUUUAAUUAAUCCAAUGGGAGUUAAAUAGAAGCUAAACCCUCUCAAACUGAAAUAAAUGGAACUUAAAGUGCUCCAUUUUGGCUAGAUCACUCCUUUAAAUGCCUAAGCAUGCAGACUUUUUCUUACUGCUGGAUGGGAUUAAUGAGUUAGAUCUGCAUAAUGCCUACUAGGUAAUUGCUCACUUCUACACAUUUUUUUUCCUACAGCAGGUUUAAAAUGCACCCAGUUACCACAGCUGAAAAAAAGACGUCUAACCUAUGAAAAAGACCCUGGGAGAAGCGAUGGUCAAACACGUCUAAAAUUCCUUUAAAGGAAAUGCAAUCUCACCUUUCACACUUCUGUUUAUAUGUGAUAUACUUUAAGCAGUUUUAAAACAAUGUUAUAAUUUAUUGUAUACUUACUUUUAAACAGUUUUUAAUAUUUUCUUGUAGUGCUUGUUCGAGGGUGGUUUUUUUUGGAGAUUGUAGAAAAUAGGUUAGAUAAGCCUGGAAAAUUAUUACACAAAGAUGUGGUAUGACGAUUAAAAUAAAGCACUGCAUACUUAAAUUAUACAUCAUCUUUAUAACUCAUUCGGAGCAUCUCUAGAAGGGGGGGCCUAUAUUUUCAACUCUGCCUGCAGAAUUUGGAACAUCUGUCAGGGACAAAUGGUAGUUGUCCUGAUUUGAGGCCAACAGACCAAGUUGUCACCCGUAGCUACCAGUGGAUUGCUGCUAAGUCCAUAUUUCAAGACUGGACGGGAAAGGGGCACUUUCUAGGUAUCCAGGAAGAACUAGAGGAGAGAGGAAGCUCCCAGUUGAGGUAGACCUCCUCCCUUUAUUUGAGGCUGAAGGGGAGAUGUAAAGUGGUGGUUGUCAUGAGAAACCAGCUUGUCACUCCUGCCCAGGGCAGUCUCUUUAUUGGGCCAUAAAUAAAUGGUCUUAGAAUAUGUCAAAUAUCUCGGGGGAAAUUCAGUGUGGCACGUUGCCAAUUGUUCUGACAGUACAGGCUUUUCAGCUUGCCAGAUGGAAUGAUCCUCCCUCUUCUACAUGAUCUGGUACUUCUCCUCAUGCCCCCCCCCAAAAAACCUGAGCCAAUUUCAGGGUGGGGGGAGGGGGGAAGUCCCAUUGCUUCCGCUAGCAGCACUAGUUACAGUGGUGCCUCAGGUUACAAACACUUUGGGUUACAAACUCCACUAACCCGGAAGUAGUGCCUCGGGUUGAGAACUUUGCCCCAGGAUGAGAAAAGAAAUCAUGCGCCAGUGGCACGGCAGCAGCGGGAGGCCCCAUUAGCGAAAGUGCGCCUCAGGUUAAAGAGCGGUUUUGGGUUAAGAACAGACCUCCAGAACGAAUUAAGUUUGUAACCAGAGGUACCACUGUAAUUGAAUCCAGCCUCUGAAAAAUAUUCCUAUAGAUCUACAGUAUAGGGAUCAUUGCUUUUAAAGGCCAUUGAAGCACAGUCAUACCUCAUGUUAUGGCCGCUUCAAGUUACGUGUUUUCAGGUUGUGGACCAUGGGAAACCCAGAAGUACCGGAAUGGGUUACUUCUGGGUUUUGCCGCUCGUGCAUGUGCAGAAGUGUUAAAUCGCGCAUGCACAAAAGCACCAAAUCACACCUGCGCAGAUGCGGUGCUUCAGGAUGCGAACGCUGCGGGUUGUGGGCGUGCCUCCAUCACGGAUUACGUCUGCAACCCGAGGUUCCACUGUAGUAAUAAAUAAUCAUAGUAACUUAUAUUUACAAGCCUGGAGGCGUCACUAUUUUGGGUCCAUUUUUGUGGUCUCUGAACAGCCAAUUUUCCAUUCCCACAGAUUUGGCCGGGUUCUUUUGCUGAUCUGAGGAAUUUGCUAUUUCAGAGUUAAGAGAUACCAAGUAUAAUCAUAACCAGCCACAGGGCGGGAAUGUUUCAGCUUUCUUUCUUUCACAGUUUAAGAAACAUUCCUGCUCCUUUUCCUUGAGUUCACCCUUAUUAUGCACAUAUCAGAAUUGUAGUCCAAACCUAUAAAAAGUACAUGAAGG